CUUGAGAAUUACAACACUUGUUUUUUUAAAAAGCAUAUUAUUAUAUGGGGAUAAGCUAAUUAAUGAUGCUUCUAAGGUUGCAUAUUUCUUCUUCAAAUGGUCUUAUACCAAGAAAAAUCCGGGGAUAUCUGAGCAAGCCUCUGUGAUCCACCACUGCCACGCCUUGGUGAUCCACCACUGCCACGCAAAGAAACCCACUGUUACUCUGAGCAUUGGUCGAGCGACACUCAUCAUAAUCGGGGCUGAAGACGAGUUGGUGUCUUUGAAGGAGAUACAGAUACCCCUUGAUGGCAGAAAAUUAUUUUCAAUUACAAAAUGUUACUUAUCCUCCAUAUGCAGCUAAGCCAGC